AUGUCAGUCAUGCUCGAGACGUCCCUAGGGGAGCUCGUCAUUGAUCUGGAAGUGGAUAAAUGCCCCAAGACGUGCGAGAACUUCUUGAAGCUCUGUAAAGUCAAGUAUUACAACUUGAAUGCGUUCUUCAAUGUGUCCAAGAACUUCAUCUGUCAGACCGGCGACCCCACCGCCUCCGGAACAGGCGGCGAGUCUUUCGCCUCGUACAACACCUCCAUCCUCACUUCCUCCUCUACUCCCUCUACUUCCCCCUCCCGCUACUUUGUCCCCGACACCCAUCGGACCCUAAAGCACACCGCCCGCGGAACAGUCUCCAUGGCCGUCUCCCCCUCUCAUCCCCCGGGCGCCGGUUCUCAAUUCUUCAUCACCCUCGCACCCUCCCUCGACUAUCUGGACGAGCGCCAUCACUCUGUCUUUGGACACGUCAUUGAGGGCUUCGAGACGCUCGACAAGAUCAACGAGGCGUUCCUCGAUAAAGACGGUAGACCGCUCCAGGAUAUCCGGAUCCGGCAUGUCGAGGUCCUCGAAGAUCCGUUCCCUGAUCCAGAGGGGAUGAUGGAGGAGCCGCAGAGCCCGGUGAGGCCGCCUGAUCUGAUGGGUAUGGGCGAAGGCGUGGCGAGAAUUGGAGAGGAUGAGGAUGUGUUUAGGGAGAGGGACGAGAACGAGUUGGAGUUGGAGCGCAGGAGGACGGCGGCGGCGAGCAGCGCGUUGACGCUGGAGAUGAUUGGUGAUCUCCCCUUCGCCAACGUCAAAGUACCCGAAGCCACCCUCUUCGUUUGCAAGCUCAACCCCAUAACGACAGACGACGAUCUCCACCUCAUCUUCUCCCGCUUUGGCGAUAUCCUCUCGUGCGAAGUCAUCCGCGACAAGACCUCUGGCGAUUCCCUGCAGUACGCAUUCAUCGAAUUCUCAGUUGCCUCCGAGGCGGAGGCGGCAUACUUCAAGAUGCAAAAUGUCCUGAUUGAUGACCGUCGUAUCUGGGUCGACUUCUCCCAAUCCGUCGCGAAAGGCUUUGACGGGAUCCCGGGCGGAGUGGGCGGGAUGGGUGGCGGCCGCGGAGGUCGUGGUGGACGAGGUGGAGGGAGGGGCUGCUUUGGCGGGAGAGGAGGAGGGGGUGGUGGAGAUACCUACAUGGCCCCUAGAGGGGGAGGCGCUGGGAGAGGAAGGGACAGCGGCUACGGGUCUCGAGGUGGGAGUAGCGGCGGCGGCGGAGGAGGAGGAGGGGGCUAUGGAAUGGUAUUUGACAAAGAGCCCAGUCGGAGCUCUGGGGGCGACAGGGAGAGGGAGAGGGAGAGGAGGAAGAGUCGGAGCCCGAGGAGAGACAGGGAUAGAGACAGGGAUGAGGAGAAGAGGUACAGGAGAGAAAGGAGUGGGUCGAGGGAUCGGAAGCGGGACAGUCAUGGUCACGGUCACGGGAGUCGGAGGCGGGAUGAUAGGGACGAUGACCGCGAUAGAAGGCGGGAAAAGGAUGAGAGGGAUAGACCGAGGGAGAAGGAUAGGGAUAGGGAGAGGUAUCGCGAGCGAAGCAGGGACAGGAGUCGGGAUAGAAGUAGAAGGUAG